AUAACAAUGCUUGAAAUAUGUCACAAUAAAGAAGAUUCAAGUAAAAAAUAUAUUUGCACAUUUUUCUUUAAAUGCAAACAAAAUUUGACAUUUUGACGAUAGAAUGAAUCAUACUGUAAAUAGAUAAAGCUGAACGCAUUAAACACUGAUAAAGAACACCUCCGUCAGUGUCAACAAAAGAAAAACUACAUGUAGGUCAGAGUUACCAAACCACUUGGGAACUUACCUAUGUGUACUUUAGUGGUAAUGGGAAAAUUAUAAGCACUUCAACAAGUUGAGGGCUUAGUGUAAAAUAAUGGAUUUUCAAAACAGGAUUCGUAACGUAAUUGUUAACUGAACUAAACUUCUCUAAUUUGUGAAGGAUUUGCAUAUGAAAAGUCUUAAUGGAAUCUGUCCCGGUACAAUUGGACUAGUUAAAGUCGGUAAAGGACAUUUGACAGCUAAGUAUAUAUUUGGAGUAAAUUAGCCCACAAACCUUAUAGCUACAUACAAGAUGGCCACUUUUGAGGAGACCGCCACCGGUACCAAGGGAGAAGAUGAUAUGGAGUACAGCAAGUUUUCCUUGCGACGCAUGGAACCGGCCAUUCAGAAAUUCCUCAAGGUCGUACAGAUUGACCUUGGCAGACUUCACAGUCACAAACUGAAUAUGGAACGGUACAAUCGGCUACAUGACUGGAGCAGUCUAAAUGUGGAGCAGAUCAACGCCACUAGGACACUUCAGCAAUUACAGUCCAACCUUCGCGAGAUUGAGAAAUGCAGGAACCAGGUUGAGGAUGGGGACCUCGACAGUUUUGAUAGGAAGAUUGAACCCGUGAAGAAUACUGCCCUUCGGUCAUUGGCAGAGUUUCUUCCCUUGUGUCAGAAAUCAGAAAAACAAGACCAAUCCAGUUCAGACAGUUCUCCAGAGGGUGAAGUUCACAUACUGGGCCAGGGUCAAGGUCAAACAUCGACCCCUGAAGGUGAAGGUGAGAUUAAGGAGCCUUUGCUUCAGACACAGUUGAAUGAGCGGCCUGAGAACACCGAAGUGGCGCAGUCCUGGGAGGCUCUGCAAGAAAACCUGGAAGACCUGAACACCAUGAUUCAUCAGUUUGCUCACAUGGUCGAUGAUCAACAGGAAAACCUAGACAAAGUGGAAAACAACAUAGAGUCGGCACAGAGCGAUGUACAGGAAGGUGUCAAACAUCUAGGAAAGACCACUGGGUAUAAAGCAGCCCUGUUUCCACUUAUAGGAGCGGCUGUUGGAACUGUAAUAGGAGGACCAAUCGGCUUUGCAGCGGGGCUAAAGUUAGGGGGACUGGUGGGCAUAGUGGGAGGAACAGCUACUGGGUACUUGAGUGGUUCUAUGCUAAAGAAGCGUCAACAAGAAACUGUUGACAUAGAGCUGUCUGGUCUAAGUCGAUCAACUUCAGAGCCUGCAGCAUUGAAUGAAUCAGAAGAAAGUGGCUGGUUUUCCUGGGGACGAAAACGUAACCAGUCUGCAUCAGAGAAAGGGGCAGACGAGGGCAUCAAGUAAAAUCUGUGUUACCUAAUGGAAUACUUCAUAUCAAAUGUUUUGUUGAAAUAUUUAAUUCUGCCAUGUAUGAAAUGAAUUAUUAAUUUUGUUAAAUCAGUAUACUUAAUGUCUAAUUUAUAUCAAUUUUUUGUUGAAAUAUUUAAUGCUGCCAUGUAUGAUAUAAAUUAUUAAUUUUGUUAAAUCAGUAUACUAAAUGUCUAAUUAAGUCUAAGUAAUAAAUUCACAGUGAUUAAUUUUCAAAUCUACUGCAUGCCUUUGGCCCUGUUGAUUCUGAAGAGUAAUGGUUCCUGAAGAAAACCAAUAAGUAUAAUUUUUAUGUCUCCUGUGAAGUAUGACAGACACAGGGAUAUACUUUGUCCAUCAUCGCUGUCCGUGGCGGCUGCGGAAACACUGGUGUAAGGUUUUUUUACUUGGUAUGCACAUUGGUCACUGUCUGUAGAUGAUCUGCAUUGACUUUUAGGUCAGUAGGUCAACAACCAAGGUCAUGGUGACCUUGAAUAGAAAAAUGAUGUGUGCCACCUACAGGUGACACAAUACAUCAAAAGAUGACACAAUACAGAGAGUUAUGAAUCACCAACAUUCAAAAAUAUACUUGUUCAUGCUAAAAUAUAAUGAUGCCUCCAUGUUCCUGCCAUUUAGAAAAAAGUUGUGUUCUGUCAGUGUUCAAGCUGUUUUGUGAGCAACAUACAUGAGAACCUUGCGUGUUAUGAUUGACAUUGUGAUUUUAAGAUAUUUUUCCCUCCGAAAUGUGAUUUUCCACUGUAUAUACAUGUACUGCUUAUGUGAUAUUCUGCUGAUGAUUGUCUCGGAUCUGGUCGUCUAAAUGUGAUAGCCAAACAUGACAGCCUGUAGCCAAUUGUAUAAGACUGGAUAAGUUGCCCGUAUGUUAUCUUUUGGCUAAUUUUUACAUUAAUGCAUCUUGAUUGGUCAACAGUAAUUAUUAGAUAAAUAUAUGGACCAAUGAAUAAAACAUUUUGGCUAACUUUAUCCAAACUACAGAAUUAACCAGUUUUAUACAGUUAGCUGCUGUUUCCAUUGACUGAGGAUAUAAUGUCUUUUGAUAUAUACAUGUAUUGAUGGCUAUACUUUGUAGGUGCUUAAAUGUAAACAAAGAUAGCAUUUCUGUUUUUAUUUUUAAUCUGAAUUUGUGGGUAACUUUUUAAACACUCCAAAAUUGCUUGUUUUUACAGUGCCCUUAAAAUGUUCACUGUUUUUUCUCAUUUUUGCAAUUUUAGUGCAAACUAUAAUAACUUUUUUUUAAAUGUUACUGUUUUUCUUCUAAACUACAUUUAAUAUUAUUGAUAAUCUUAUUUUAAGAAGUUACCAAAUUUUACUGUAGAAACAUUGUCUGCAACCAGGGCACUUCUUCCAUUCCACUUCAUACGUACCAUGGGAAAAUUAACCGACAAAAUCUUGUUUAUAUGAAUAUGCAUGAGGCAGGGGAGACAACUCUUCUUCCAAUGAAGUCGCAUGUUACUACUAAAUGCUCUUCAAUUACCCUGUACUGUCAGGUUUUCUCCACAGGCGAAUGGUCUAAGUGCUGGUUGAAAAUUUGUAUUGAUCAGGUGUACCAAGUUCAACUCGAGCUUGCCAAAAAUACUUUUCAAAAUGAUAUUCUUGCGGAACCAAUGAAACUGCCUCAUGGAUCAUUCAUAAUUACAAGAUUUUCCUAGCCAAAUCACCAACAGUACAAUAAGAAACAUAGUGUAGUUAUGUUUGGGGGGUAUACAACGAUGCUGAAGCUUGUAUUCUCUGCAGAAUAGGAUUAAUAUUGUUACCUGUGUAGGGCUUACUAUUGUUAGUUUGUAUCAAGUGUUUGAUAAUUUACCCAAGAUCAUUCUGAUUUCUGAUCUUGAAAUUCAUAUUCGGAAACUAAAUCUGAUUUUAUGUGAUUUUUCUCACCAUUUUUAUGUAGCGUAUUUUCUAUCCUAAAGUUAGGCAUACUUAAAGAUUAUAAUAUUAUCAUAAUAUACCACAUUUUUAUAGUGCUCUAUUCAUAUAUACAGUUAACAUUUAAAAACCUGAAGAUGUGUUACCCGUAGUAUUAUAAAUAACUUGACAAGUUAUAUAUGCAGAAUUUAUUUAUUUUAUUUUUUGUCAAUAAAAAUAUGCAACAUGAUAUUUAUAGAAAUAAUGAAAAUUUUAUAAUGAUUCAACUCUGAUAUAUAUUGAAUUUUAUUGGAUACAAAUGUUACUGUUUCAAAUAAUCAUUAUUGUUUAUUUUUUUAAACAAUGUGCUUACCUAUGAUGAAAUGUUGAAUCUCCAUUUCAUGAAUAUAGCACUUUUGUUGUAUUUAUCAUAAAUUAAUUAAUGCUUGUUUGUUAUUAAUAUUGGCUGUGUCUGUCUUGAUUGUGUGCAAUACAUUUUUUCUGGUUACGGAAACCUUAAAUUAUAGGGGUACUUGAUGUUAUAUAUUUAAAUUUUGUUUAAUUGAUACUGGUGCUUUGAAUGAUGUUAAAGCUGCACUCUCACAGAUUGACCGUUUCGACAACUUUCUUUAUUUUUUUGUCUUUAAAUGACCCUGAGUCUGAAAACCAGUGAAAUAAGACAGAUGACAAAAUAUCAGUUCACAGUUUUUCAUCAUUGGGAACUCCUCGGCCAUUUUUAUCGAAUGCCGGCACAUCAGUUGAAGUAGUUUGUAAUUUUUUUAAUUACACCAUUAAUUAAAUGUAGUGUUUUAGCUUGUAUUUAUUAAUCUAAGUUUAAAUUGAUUGCCAGUGAAGUGAAUUAUUGCAAACAUAAUUAAGAUUCCCAAGAGUUAAGUCUUAAAGUUUAACUGCUAAAUAAAAUUACUACGCGAUCUACUAAGUCUUGCAGCGGACUUAAACGUACCACUUUUUUAGUAUGUAAACCGUCCAAAUACAUCCGCGGUUGUUUUCGAUAAAAAUGGACGAGGAGUUCCGAAUGAGUUUUUCAUAUUUAUGUUCGAAAGUUUAUAUUCAUAGCUAAAAGCGUUACAAACAUUUUCAGAAAAUGAGUUUUUUCAGCAAUUUUCUGAACAAUUGAGGUCUGAUCUAUUGCGCAUCCUUUUAUUUGCCUGAAUUGAAAGCACUGAUACAAAAAUCAGCUGAUUACGAGAGGAGAACUAAAAACAUCUGUGAGAGUGCAGCUAUAAGGUGGUAACUUGAUAAUUCUUAAUCAAACGUUUUGUUUUAAUGUAUGCUUUAAUUGCUCAUGGUAAGAGAUCAUUAUUUGGUGCUUGCUUUUUUUGUGUGGGCCACUGACAAUUGAGGAUUUUUUUAAUUUUCUGUUCAUUAAUUUUAGCUAGAAUGAUUCUGAAAAAUGCACCAAAAAUACUUUCAUAGAGUAUAUUUCAGUCAGUCUACUUUUCCUCCAAAGCUUAUUUGUCAAAGCUAGUCUCAAAGGUAACAUAGAUUUGGUGCUUUUUAAAUAGGCCAAUGACAAUCAAGGUUUUUUUUCAAGUAUUUAGUUUGUUAAAUUUACAAAGGUCGAUUCUGAAGAAUGUACCAACAAGCUCCUUAUAAGUUAGAGUACAAUUUUGACGAUCAACAGAAAAUAAAACUAAGGGCAGUCUUCCUAUCUAGGCCUUUGGCGGAGGUAUGCCUGCUCUAUUUUUUGGCAGAUUGCCAAAAUUGAAUUCUAAUAUAUACUUAGUUCAUUGGAUAACAUACAAGGUACAUUCAUUAUUGACAAAGUUAUGGGAAUUGUGUAUUGUAAUAUUAGAGGAACGCUGUCAUAUCAAAUGCUUUUACCUCAUUGUACAAACACAUUUGUUGAAUACAAUUUUGGA